GUUACCCUGAGGCCGUAAACUAAAAAACGUUCAUCUGAUGCUGAACGAUAAAAAAUACGAAGACGACGCGGGCGUGGAUCCGGACCGCAAUGGAAAUGGAUUUUUACCGAACAUGUGUUCAGGUUCAUAUUCCGCGGCAACAACAAAUGAUGGAUUUGGCUUCGAUAGUGGAACAAAUGUAUCAUCAACAGCGGCAGCAACAGCAACAAAUACAACUGGAGGAGUUGGUUCGAGCAAGGAAGUCCGUUAUGCUCCAUUCACCAGUAUUAAUUCGGCAAUAUCAUCGCCACUACCACCACCGCCCCCGCCGCCGCCACCACCACUUCCUCUUCCUCUUCAGAUGCAGCAACGGGCUUACUCCCGAUCCAUGACCUCACUGCCACCAGAGCCUUUUAUGAUCAUGAGAUCAAAGGCUCUGAAUAGGCGGGUUUCCAUAAAUGUUGGCGGAGUUAAACAUGAAGUAUUGUGGCAAACAUUAGAAAGAUUACCACAUACACGACUUGGACGACUUCGAGAUUGUAAUACACAUGAGGCUAUUACUGAACUCUGUGAUGAUUAUUCCCUUAUUGAUAAUGAAUAUUUUUUUGAUCGUCAUCCAAAGUCAUUUAGUUCGAUAUUAAAUUUUUAUCGUACCGGCAAACUUCAUCUCGUUGACGAGAUGUGCGUUUUAGCGUUUAGCGAUGAUCUUGAAUAUUGGGGGGUUGAUGAAUUAUACUUGGAGAGUUGUUGUCAGCACAAGUAUCAUCAAAGAAAAGAAAAUGUACAUGAGGAGAUGAGGAAGGAGGCUGAGUCAUUGCGGCAAAGAGAGGAGGAGGAAUUCGGGGACGGCAAAUGUGCACAAUAUCAAAAGUGGCUGUGGGACUUGCUCGAAAAACCAACCACAUCCAUUGGUGCUAGGGUGAUAGCUGUGAUAUCAAUACUAUUUAUUGUACUGUCAACGAUUGCACUUACACUCAACACCAUUCCUAGUAUGCAAGUAAAUGAUGAAAAGGGAAACAUUCAAGAUAAUCCACAACUCGCGAUGGUGGAGGUUGUUUGCAUCACAUGGUUUACGCUUGAGUACGUGCUUAGAUUCAGUGCGUCACCAAACAAGUGGAAGUUUUUCAAAGGCGGUCUCAAUGUCAUUGACUUACUUGCAAUCAUACCAUACUUUGUAUCACUGUUUCUCGUUGAAACAAAUAAAAAUGCGACUGACCAAUUUCAAGAUGUCCGUCGCGUUGUUCAAAUAUUUCGUAUAAUGCGAAUAUUAAGAAUAUUAAAACUUGCGCGUCACUCGACCGGGUUACAAAGUCUUGGAUUUACCCUACGCAAUUCGUACAAAGAACUCGGGCUCUUGAUGCUCUUUUUGGCCAUGGGAGUACUUAUAUUCUCGAGCCUUGCAUACUUCGCGGAGAAAGAAGAGCCCGGGACCAAAUUUAUAAGCAUUCCGGAGACGUUUUGGUGGGCAGGAAUCACCAUGACAACUGUAGGUUACGGAGACAUUUAUCCUACGACUCCUCUUGGAAAAGUGAUUGGCAGUGUAUGUUGUAUAUGUGGUGUCCUGGUAAUUGCGUUGCCUAUUCCCAUUAUCGUCAAUAAUUUUGCUGAGUUCUACAAAAACCAGAUGAGACGCGAAAAAGCACUUAAACGCAGGGAGGCUCUUGAAAGAGCUAAACGCGAAGGGAGCAUUGUUUCAUUUCAUCAUAUCAAUCUAAGAGAUGCAUUCGCCAAAAGUAUGGAUCUUAUUGACGUCAUUGUUGACACGGGAGUUGAUGGCAAUAGUACUGAAGGCGAGUCAACAUGUGGACGUGGACCAGCUCAAACUGGACCAGGAUGUUAUCGUAAUUUUGAACAUUAUAGUACGGCUCGUCAGCGCAGAAGUGCCUCUUCUUCCUUUCCACCAAAUUCUAGCGAUGUACCAACAACACCUGACAGUCCAAAUCGAAGACUUCUUGACUUUGCACAAAAUAUUCCUGGUAAUCAGAAUGAUGAUUACUAUCAUGAUGAAUUACUUGCCCAGCAUUCAAAUCAAGGCAAUACAACACCAAGUGACGAAGAAAAAAAAGAUGCCAAAAAAUUUGAAAAACUUGAUGAAUUUCCUAGUGAGUUUGAGUGUUGCUUUUGCACUACGAAGGAAUAUAAAGAUUACAGAGACGCUGAAAAUAUAAUGCCUCUGGCGACAAGUGAUUUUCGAAAUCCAGUAUGUCAAGAAAUGAAAUCACUUCGAGAGAGCAGCAUUGAUACAUCUGCAUUUGGUGACUUAUUUACAUCACCAACACGAACAACAACUAUAACUGCUAAUGAAUCAACAACAAUAUCGCAGCCUAUAAAAUCAUACAAUGAACGUGAAAGUGUUGAUAGUUCUGAAACAUACACAACAUGUCCAACUCAUCCAUCUCACUCGCAAGAACUUUUAGGUGAUGAUGAUGCUACUAAUGAAGCUGACAGCAAUCUUUACAUAAAUCCAUUGGAAGGAAGAGAUAAUAAGUGCCGAGAAAUGGACGUUGACAAAUCGCCAGUAGAUCAGACUCUAUUUCCAACCACAGAAUUCUCUAAGAGCGUUCAAGUUCAACAGCAUGAAUUUGUUAAGGCCACUGUCACCAGUGAAGCAUUGCCAAAACAUAAGAAAAUUCGUGUUACUAAGAGUGCUGGACGUAGACCAACAAUAAGCCCCAUAGAUAGUCAAGAAAAAAGUACAGAAAAUACAACGAAACGUACAGAAGGCCUAGAAGAUAAUAAUAAUUUAUACCCAGGACUUCGCAGUAAUCAUCCUUUAAUAGGAAAUACAUCAAAUACAUCACUAGCAAGUCUGACAUCAGCAACACGUUUAAUAAAUCAGCAACUAUUUGGAAAUCUGAGCGGUUCUAAACAAUAUUCUGGAACAGGAGGAAAUAAACUUUCCAUGUCAGUCGAUUCAAUAAAUAGUGAAUCAACAAUGUCUUAUAUUAGUGAUCGUCAUCAACGUGCUAAGUCAAUAUUAAAAAAAGCUGAAAGUACCCGAAAUACGUGUUACAACAGUAAUGAAUUUAAUGGUGAUACAGAACAAUUAAUUCUCGAUAAUAAUUCGAGUCCUAAUAUUAAUUCAAUACGUAUGUGUCAAUCUUCUUUCCUUAAUAAUCAAAUAUUGGGAGCACUACUUCAAAGCAAUAAUAAUGUUGAAUCGAUAAGUUUUAAGAAUAAAAAAGCUGGAAAUAAAAAUCAAUUAAAGUCCAUUAUUGGAAGUGAUAAUAAAAAUAAAGGCAGUAAAGAUGUUGAAAAAACAGUGAGGGUUGAAGAAAAAUCUCGUAUUAAUCCAAAAUUACAAGAUAUUUAUAUCCGUUCUACUAAAAACCGAAAAUUUUCUCGACGUAAUGUUACUUUAGAUAAAAAAAAGACAUCCAUUGGGACUGGAGAUAGUUCAACAGAUAGCAGCUCUACUCGUCUUCCUCAUGAAAUUCAUCGACGACUAUCGUAAUAAACGAACAAUUUUAUUUAUACUAAAGCGAAAAAGGAAAUAAAAUUAUUCAUCAUUAUUUAUUCUUAUA